GACAAAACCAAAUCAUAAAUGAUUAAAUAAUCAGUCCCACUAAAACUUACAAAAAACUUUGGUGAUGGGUUAAUUUGGGAUACAAAAGCUUUUUCCUCCACCAAAACCUAUGCUUUUGCAUAGCUAAAUGGGGAGCACUCUGACACAGACAUCUUUUCUUCUUUUCUUUUUUAUCUGCUGCCUCCCUUUUGAGUGAGUGUAUUGUAUGUAAAAUCACAACUGCAAUAAUGCAUUAAUGGCUUAUAGUUUAGAAACAAGUUUUGAAUUCUUCAAAGAUCAAGAAUCUUUCAUAUUUUUGUUGUUAGCAGUGGAGCUUAGGAGAAGAAAAAUGGGCUUGAUCCCUCUGUUGAAUGUGAUGAUUCUUACCUCCCUGGUUUGGCAGACCAGUGGUAUGCUAUCCCCAGAUGGUAUCAAUUUUGAAGUUCAAGCAUUGAUGGAGAUUAAGGCAUCAUUAGAUGACUCAAGAGGGGUUUUGUCUAAUUGGGAUGCAAAUGCUGUUGAUCCUUGUAGCUGGAGUAUGGUCACUUGCUCUCCUGAUAAGUUUGUGGUUGGCCUAGCAAUUCCAAGCCAAGGUUUGUCAGGUGGAAUAUCAACCCAUAUUGGCAAACUGACCCACCUCGAGAUUGUGCUUCUACAGAAUAAUAACAUCUCAGGACUGAUUCCUGCUGAACUUGGGAAUCUUCCAAGACUCAAGACACUUGAUCUUUCUGACAACAAGUUAACUGGUCAAAUUCCCGCUUCUUUGGCUCAAAUCCAAACCCUCCAAUACUUGAGGCUAAACAACAACAGUCUCGCUGGAGCUAUCCCUUUGGCUUUGGCAAAUAUGACUCAGCUGACAUUUCUAGAUUUGUCAUUCAACAAUCUAACAGGUCCUGUUCCAAGGCUUCUUGCCAAAACCUUCAACAUCUUGGGAAAUACUAAGAUAUGUGAAACUGGAAAAGAGCCAGAGUGUAAUGGGACAACCCGUCUGCCUCCUUCCCCUUUCAUAAUUUCACAGGAUGAACAGCCCCUCAUAAAACCCAAAACUCAUAAAGUAGCUUUAGCUUUUGGAUCAAGUCUAGGAUGUAUCUGUUUGGUAAUUUUUGGCGCUUGUUUCUCUAUGUGGUGGAGACAAAGAAGAAUAAAACAAGUUUUCUUUGACUAUAAUGAACAACAUAAAGAAGAAGUGCGCCUAGGAAAUUUGAGGAUGUUCCAAUUCAGAGAACUGCAGGUUGCCACAAACAACUUCAACAGUAAGAACAUAUUGGGUAAGGGCGGUUUCGGAAACGUCUACAAAGGUCGUCUACAUGACGGGACAGUUGUGGCUGUGAAAAGGCUUAAGGAUGGGAAUGCGGUUAGUGGUGGUAUCCAAUUCCAGACAGAAGUUGAGAUGAUCAGCUUAGCUGUACAUAGAAACCUUCUCAAGCUCUAUGGGUUUUGCAUGACUUCUAAUGAAAGAUUGUUGGUUUACCCUUUUAUGUCCAAUGGAAGUGUUGCUUCCCGCCUUAAAGCUAAACCAUCAUUGGAUUGGGGGACUAGGAAACAAAUAGCCUUGGGAGCCGCAAGAGGUUUGCUUUACCUGCAUGAACAAUGUGACCCCAAGAUUAUUCAUAGAGAUGUCAAAGCUGCCAACAUUCUGCUGGACGACUAUUGUGAGGCCGUGGUUGGUGACUUCGGAUUGGCAAAGCUUCUGGAUCAUUGUGACACACAUGUCACGACUGCAGUUAGGGGUACGGUGGGGCACAUAGCGCCCGAGUAUCUCUCCACGGGCCAAUCCUCUGAGAAAACAGAUGUUUUUGGCUUUGGGAUACUUUUGCUGGAACUGAUCACUGGCCAAAGAGCUUUGGAGUUUGGCAAAGCAGCAAAUCAGAAAGGCGCCAUGCUUGAUUGGGUAAAGAAGAUACAUUUGGAGAAGAAGGUAGACAUAAUGGUGGACAAAGACUUGAAGAGCGGCUAUGACAAAAUAGAGCUAGAGGAAAUGGUGCAAGUAGCUCUAUUGUGCACACAAUAUCUUCCCAGCCAUAGACCAAAAAUGUCGGAGGUGGUGAGAAUGCUUGAAGGGGAUGGGCUAGCGGAGAAGUGGGAAGCUUCUCAGAAAGUUAAUCAGGCUGCUUCUGCGGCUACUACUAAAUGCACAGCCAAUAAUGAGUUCUCCUCAUCAGACAGAUUUUCUGAUCUUACUGAAGACUCUUCUCUUCUCAUCCAAGCUAUGGAACUCUCUGGUCCAAGGUGAUGAUGCAUUUCAUCAAGCUAGAGAGUGUGGGUAAUCAUGUAGUUUUGUUUGUACAUGAUAGAUGAUUAAUUAAAGGGACAGUUACCCAACUCUUAGGCACAUUUUUGUUUGGUUUCAAUUUUGUGUGGGAGAGAAUGUGGCAAAUGUGAGUUGAGAGUAAUAAUACACUCCUACUAGGAGAAUGACCCUUUGAUUAAUUUUAGUAUUUCUUAGGGUCUGA